GCUAGGGCAGGGCAAAUGGCGGAGCUCCGGCACAGCGUCCAGCCGCGAUGGGUGAUCGUCUCCUCUGCUCGCGGCAAUCGGCCACAUGAUGUUUCCUCCGAUCACAGCGGCAGCGAUGGCGGUAAUCACAGUGGCGGCAAUCACAGCUGCCCGUUUUGCAGGAAUCACGAGCACGAGACAGGGGACGAGACGUUUGCGUUCCGGGAGAGCGAUGUGGUGAGCGCGCCGGAUUGGAGCGUCCGCGUCGUCUACAACAAAUUCCCUGCUGUGGAUUCUUCGCUGUCGCCGACGUGCACGAUCGAUGAGGAUUGUCAUCGUAGCCGGCGCUCUGGAUUUGGAUCGCAUGAGGUGGUCGUGGAGACGCCGGAGCAUGGAAUCCAAUUCGCGGAGCUUCCGAUCGACCAGGUAGAGCGAGUGCUCAAGGCGUUCCGGCACCGGCUCAAGGAUCUCAAGAAUGACAAGCGAUUCCAAUACGUCCAGGUUUUCAAGAACAAUGGCAAAGAAGCUGGUGCGUCGCUGCGUCACUCCCAUAGCCAAAUCAUCGCAUUGCCUAUGGUACCUCAAGAACUAAUGUGGCAAGUUAAAAACUCCAAAGAGUUCUUCGAACGUAAGGGACGCUGUCUCCUUUGCGAGUCCGUGAAAGCGGAUCUUCGAGAUCGCUCAAGGUUGAUCGAUCAGUCAUCACGCUUCGUUUCAGUGGCGCCCUUUGAAGCUCGCUUCCCGUUCGAGACGUGGAUUAUUCCCAUCAACCAUAGUUCGAACUUUGAGGGGACGAGUGAUUCCGAGAUCGGGGAUUUGGCGAGAUUACUUCAUCUAACAUUGAAAAAAAUAGUGCAGCAAUUUCCAGGCGCUGCAUACAACUACGUGCUUUACAACAAUCCUUUCUGCGAGGAAACCAAGACGGAGUAUUUCCACUGGUACAUUGCAAUCCUCCCUCGACUGGGAGUGCUGGGGGGCUUUGAGCUUGCCACUGGUUGGACCAUCAACACGGUGGCUCCGGAGAAAGCCGCUCAAACUUUGAGGGAGUGCGUCCUCAAAUGAUCUGGUAUUCAUUGUUAAGAGUUUCUCGUUAGAACUAACAGCUGGUGAUUCGUCGUUUCAGGCGCGCAUUUUUCUUAUCAUUCAAGCUAUGCUUGACAAUUUUUCUCUUGUCAAAAAGUUUUCAUUUACGGAUUGCAAGAGAGGUAAAUAAAUCAAUCGAAACAGUUAUUGUAGAUGCGUGACCGCUGCGUUUCUUCUCGGAUGCAUUUGCUGCUGGUUCCAGAUUCUUACAGGUACGUGACUUUCAUGCUCACUGUGCUGGUGAGUUUUAGCAUUUUUGCAUUGAAUGAUGAAGAGCUUGCUCGCUUGCUCUCUCCGAUCGUUCAUUCUCUGGAGCUUUGCUUUUAUGGUUUCUCACAAUCCUCGUGUACAUGGUUUUAUAUUCUAAAACUUGCAGUGACAAGCUUACAAUGACAAUGGGCGAUUCUAUGAACUAUCUGGGAACGAACGAGAACGAAAGCCACCAUAGCUGAGUCCUCGUGUUGGUAGCGACAUGAGAAUCCAUCCAUGGUUUUCAUAAAAGAUCAUUAAAUUGGCACAACGAUGUGUGCGUUUUGUCGCGUGGAUGGAGAGGGGAAAAAUGGCCGUUGGAGGGACAGCCGUGCACGAACGGACAGGAUGACUUGUGGCACUGCGACCAUUGGAUUAAUUUGGUGAUUACCCCUUAAUUCCAGACGCUACUUAGGACAGAGUUAAUGUGAACGAAUUUACCGUUUUACCC